AUGCUUUCUCAUCUUGCAGGUUAUUUAUGGAUUGAUUUCCCAACAGAGACAUCAUUUUAUCAUUUAGAAUACUUAGCAAAUGAUACCGAUUAUCUUUAUGAUAUUUUCUAUGCAAUUUCUUCCCUAGAAACUGCAAUUAAAGAUACCAAAUACAACAAUAAAUGGACAAUUCAAGAUGCUAUAUUGACAAUACAAGCUUACGUAUUGUUAGCUGGUAUUAGCAUCGAAAACCAUUUCCACCUCGAAGACAUGAAACCUCUGGAUAAAUUCUUCAUCCAAGAAUUAGUCAGUCUCAUGAAGAAUCCGAUUUUAUCAAGUAUCCGUCAAACACUCAUUUAUGUUUUCAUCAUUUCUGUCAAGAAAUUAUAUUCAUUAGAUAUAAAUGCAGCAAAUGAUGCAUUACUUAUUUGUUUGACAACACGCGAUCCUUCCUUGACUGAAUUUGCAAUCACACAGAUGAUUGAUGAUGAAUAUCUCAUCAAAAUCUUUGACAGCAGAUUAGUUGAAUUUUUGUUCACAAACCAUCUCACGAAUUUGGCCAAGAACGAAAAUGAAAAUGGAGCAGAAUGGUUGAUCAGUAAGUUCUUAACUGUCAUGAUGCAUGCAAUCAACAAAGAAUUGUCAAUGACAGGUCAAAUAUCAGAUACGAACAAGAAACUUUAUGAUUGCUACAUCAAAUUCUCUUCUAUUAUGCUUGAACAGAUGAUUGUCAGUGAUAAUCCUAAUCCAAAAUUCGUUGUAUUGCUCAGAAAAUGGAUUACAUUAUUCCAACCAUUAGUUAAGUUCUCAUAUAUUUCCAAAGUUUUCAUGACAUUCUUGCAGCCAUUAUAUACAACAAUGGUAGCGAAAAUGAAUUCCAAACCUCCUAAAACAUUGAAAGAAUUCAACGAUAACUAUUCUGUUAUUCUUGAGUUGUUUUUCCUUUACCAACAAUUGAUAUCAAGUCUUCUUUUUGGUGGUGAAGAACUCUCCUUAGUCAAAGAUUUUACUUGGCUCAUUCACUCCGCAUUGAAGAUGAAUAUCAGUCCAGAUUUCAUCAAUAGUUUAUAUCCACAGAUAUUCGAAGAAGGCAAAAAGUGCGAAACACCACAAGAAAGUUUUGUUUAUGAUAUGAUAAACAAAUCAGAAAAAGAUGAUAUCAAAUUAUUGAUGGAUUAUCUUUACAAGAAAUGUCCUAAUCCAAUGAAUAAAAGAAUGACAAUCGAUGACAGACACAUUGAACAUGUCACAUUCUGCUGUUUCAUCAAACAACUCGGAAUGAUUGAUGAUACAAUCGAUCUUGUUAAUUCAUUGAAAGACAAGAAAACACCAAAUAUAUCACUCCAAAUCAAGCAGAUUAUGGAAAUGAUAUAUAGAACAAGAAGAACACUUAAACAGCAGAAACAAAACUCAAAUACUAUAAUGAUUCAAAAUGGAAGUGUUUCCGAUAAAAUCGAAGAAAACUUCGACAUUUAUUUGAAGAGUUAUUUGAAGAAAUGUAUCUUCUUGUUGAAUAUCAAGCCAUCAAUGAAGUCCAGAGGUGAUUCAAGACAAGAUUUAUUCUCCGAAAACUUAAGGAGAAUAACAAACUUGAUUUGUUCAACAUCAACUUUAGAAGAUAUGUAUUCAAUGAUGCUUAAAGCAAAUGAAGCAAAGAGCCACAUUUCUGUAUCAAUUGCUUUGUUAUCAGAUUUGGUUAUAUCAAACAGUUUCAAAGAAUCAGCAUUUAAUUCUUUCAAACUUAGUGACUUCUUCAAACAUUAUAUUCAAACUCUUCCAGAUAUGAAUAAAUUUAAGUCACCAGUCAUUGAAGCAAUUCUCGAAACAUCAGUUGAAUAUUUGAUCAAGAAUGAAAAAGAAGAUUCAAUUGUUAUUUCUAUUUCUACAUUCAUUCUUAAUAUUUUGAAUACAAUCACAGAAAAAGAUCAAUAUUUUGUUUUGGACAAAAUCCAUGAAAUUCUGAAAAAGAUUGCAGAACAUUCAAAUGUUUUAAUCAAUAUACAGAUGUUUGUUGUUUUUGCAUUGAAAGUUGACUCAAUGCUUUUAGAGAAUCCGAACCUGAAAAGUUAUGAACAUUUUGAUCAGAUCGCAAAUUGCAUUUUCCAUUCAUUUGAUCAUCUCGAACAUGAUGAUAUUCAUUAUAUAUUAUAUCAACUUCUUCCUACUUUUGGUAUGAAGAUUCCAUUUACUAUAGAAGAUCUCAAGACCAUUUUCAGGACAGAUCCUCGUUAUUAUCAUGUUGCAGCACUGUUUUUCGUUGAUUUACUCAAAACAGAUCCUGACAAAAUCAACACAAUUUCAUUUAUUCUUGAUACUAUUGCUGACAUUUCCAGUGGAAAACCAUCAUAUUUCUUUGGAGAUCAUCCAUUGUUACACGAUGAAAAUCAAGCAUUCUCACAGUAUAUUCGAACUCCAGGAAUUUUGUUGAAUGGAUGUUCAGAAUUUAUUUACAUCAUUCGUGAACUUUUGAAAGAAAAAGAUGAAUUAACGAUUGAUAUCAUCACAUUCAUUUUGAAUUACAAUUCACCAGACAAAUCUAAACAAGAGCAAUGCAAAGAUAAAUUGCAAAAGUAUGAGAAGUUUACCAAUGAAAAAUUACUUUUCGCUGUCUUUUCUGUUUUAUCAAACGUUGUUGAAGUACUGAAGAAUCAUUCUUUAGUUAAAAACGCUUUAACUAAUGAUUACUGCUAUAUGUCUUGCUAUAUUCCAAAUACUAAUAAAUUCUACGGUUGGAAAUUGCCAAUAACAGAAAAUUCAAAUCAACAAAUGUUUGAUGCAACAUAUAUGCCUAUUUCAUUACUUCCUUUCACAUAUGAUCUUUUCGCAAAUUACGAUUCUUUGAUUCCAUACUUCAAAGAAAAUAUCCAAUCAAUUCAGAGUUCGAUUCCAAGAGAAUGUUUAUCUUAUUACAUCUUGAAUAGUCUCAAUGGUUAUUCAACAAACUCUGAGUUCUUGAAUCGAUUCAUGAAAGAAUUUUCCAAUAUUGAAUUGAAAUAUUUCACAUUCUCAUCUGAUCUAUUCAAUUUCAGGAAAGUUUUGAAGCAUCAUUUGUUAUCUCAUACUGAUGGAUUCUAUACAAAGAUGAGUCAUAUUUUGCACUUUUCAUAUCAUUCUCCUUCAGAUAUUUUGAAUCAUUCUCUUUAUUCCAUUGGAGAUGAUAAAGUUUCAUGCAAGCAAGGCAUUCAUUGUUUCAUGACACAAACACUUCCCCAAAACAGACCAACUUUGUUGGAAUUCAACCUUGAAACUAAAGGUUCUUAUUGCAGAAUCGGUUUGAUUAAUCUUUCAAUCGAAGAAGGAGAUGGUGAAUCAUUAUUUGUUGAAUAUCUUAAUGACAGAGUCAAUAUUUUGUCAAGCAGUGUUUAUCCAACAAGUUAUGACUCCCAAAACAAAUUCCUCAUCCAAUAUGAUCCAUUGGUGAAAUUGGCAACUCUCUACAAUUAUAACUAUAGGCCAAUUGAAACAAUCAAGACAUGA